AUGGAAUACGACUCAAUUACGGUACGUCCACCCGCCUGUAACUGGGCGCAAGGAGCCUGCUUUUGUUCCUCCUCCAACGGCAAUGUUGAACAUGCUUGCGGACCUGCAUCAAAAUCAUUUCCCAUACCGUCAAGAAGUAUGGAAGACAAAGAGAGCGAAGACACGACUUAUCAUCCACCGCGGAAGCGAGUAAAACGAACAUACCAGAACAGCAGUCCUCGUACACCACCGAACGAUACUCAGGCAUGUAGACCUCUUCGAACAAGCCCUCGGUUUAGCAAAGACACCACGAUAGAUGACCUCCGAGUAGUAGAUCAAACUCCCCACGACGCCGGUGGGCACACCCCCGACGUCCAAUACUCUCCACGGACGGGGACGGAUUCCGCACCUCUCGCUGCGGCUCAUCCAACCCUCUGGCUUCCAGAAAGACCGAAACCCAUGCCAUUCUCCCCGUCCACUACUUCAGCCACACCGGUCGAGAAUGUGAAAGCUAAGAAGGGAGUUGUCAGUAUUAAACGCGAGCUAGAUAUUGAAACGCCGAAGCUCAUACCGCCUUCCCCACCCGCCAGUCCAGCCACACCUCAUGACAACUUGCAGGUUCAGGAGGAAUGUGUUAGUAUUAAACGUGAGCUAGAUAUGGAUACACCCAAGCAUAUGUCCCCCUCCCCAUCCACCACUCUAGCCGCACCGGACGGGAACGUGAAGGUCAAGGAGGAACAUGUCCGAAUAAAACGUGAGGGGGGCGCGGGGGCACCAAAGCCCAUGCCGCCCUCCCCGUCCAGCACUUCAGCCACGCCGGACGAGGACGUGAAGGUUAAGGAGGAGCGCGUCAGUAUUAAACGCGAGCAGGAAACGGACUCUUUUAGUGCUCGGUCAGCUGAGGACGCACUACUAAUAGAUGGUCGACAUACUGCGGAGGAGUGGUCGGUGGCAGAGGCGAUUGUCAUGCUGGCAGUAGCGCUGCGGGAGUGUGGGGGUGUCCGAUAUCGGUAG